GUCCUAUAUUCUCGAACAACAAUGACUGGUCGUGGUAAGGGAGGUAAAGGUCUUGGUAAAGGAGGAGCGAAGAGACAUCGCAAAGUUCUUCGUGACAACAUCCAGGGGAUUACGAAACCCGCUAUUAGGCGGCUGGCUCGACGUGGUGGUGUUAAGCGUAUUUCCGGUCUCAUUUAUGAAGAAACCAGAGGUGUGUUGAAAGUGUUUCUGGAGAACGUUAUUCGUGAUGCUGUUACCUACACGGAGCAUGCUAAGAGGAAGACAGUUACAGCAAUGGAUGUGGUGUAUGCAUUGAAGAGACAAGGUCGUACACUGUACGGUUUCGGCGGUUAAAUUAACGGUUUUGAUUUUAAACGGCCCUUUUCAGGGCCCCAAA